CCACUAUUAUUCUUCUUCUCGUUACAAACAAACCAUUACUUCACACUCUGACUUAGUCCCUUUGACGCCACCCUUCAAAAAACAAAAAAAAGGACUACAGCUUUAUCACUCUUAUAUAUAUAUAUGUAUAUGUAAUAUUAAAACAAUAACAAAAACCUCCAUUAAACUCCUCUCUCUCUUCUCUUUAUAUAAUAUUUCUCUUGGUUUUUCGUUCCAUUUUCACUUUUAUUAUGGACCCAUUUUCUUUUUUGUCCUUUCUUUUCCAUGCUCUGUGAAAGGAAGCAGCUUUGACAUUAGAAUCAACUUGAAGAACCAUUUUUUUAACUCUGGGGUUUUCUUGUUUUGUUUUUUGGGUAAAAAAAAUGGGUAGUAAAUGGAGGAAAGUGAAGUUGAGUUUAGGCUUGAAUCUUUGUGCUUAUUUACCAAGAACUACAGAUGGUGAUGAUGAUGGUGAUUAUCAUCCACUUCCUUCUAGUGAAAGAUUAUCUGAUGCUGUUUUGUUACCUCCUUCAAACUGGGAAAAUAUGGUUCCUUCUAGGACAACAACUCCUUUGCCUUCUUCUCAUUGUUUAAGGUUGCCUAAAAGUUUGUCUAAAAGUUCAAGCAAAUCAUCUAAGCAAACAUGUUCGAUAUGUUUGAUGAAGAUGAAACAAGGAGAUGGACAUGCUAUAUUCACUGCAGAGUGCUCACAUUCGUUCCACUUCCAUUGCGUUGCUUCGCACAACAAUCAAGUCUGUCCGGUUUGUCGAUCAAAAUGGAAAGAAAUCCCGAUCCGGAGCCCCGGUUUGGAUCCUGGAGGACGGUCACGAAACGAUGCUUUGAUGGAUGUAGCCCACCGGUUGCCUGUACCUCAACGUAAUUUAAAUCAAUGGCACAUUCGAGGUCCCGAGCCAGGUGUUUUCAACGAUGAUGAAUCCUUGGAUCAUCUACCUGUGAUUGCUGAAAGUAACAAUACCUUGGAUAACACGUCUGAUACAACAAUAAAGAUCGAAACGUAUCCAGAGGUUUCAACCGCACCGAGGUCCCAUUCUUAUGAUGAUUUCACAAUUCUUGUUCAUCUCAAGGCUGCUGCCAUGGCUGCAAUUCGAAAUCCUAGUCUGAGUGGAGAUCAGGUUAGCUUGUUGCAAUCUCGAAAUCCUCGUGCUCCUGUUGACCUUGUAACGGUGCUUGAUAUUAGUGGUAGCAUGUCCGGUACUAAGCUUGCGUUACUAAAACGAGCAAUGGGAUUUCUCAUACAAAACCUCGGUUGCAAUGAUAGACUCUCGGUCAUUGCCUUCUCCUCAAAUGCUCGCCGCCUCUUUCCACUCCGUCGGAUGUCUGACAUAGGGCAGCAGCAGGCACUUCGAGCUGUUAAUUCUGUGAUUGCAAAUGGUGGUACCAACAUUGCAGAAGGUCUAAGAAAAGGUGGCAAGGUAAUGGAAGAUCGGACUGAAAAGAAUCCAGUUUCCAGCAUUAUACUUUUGUCGGAUGGGCGGGAUACCAUUAAUGGCGUGGGUAUGAACUCGUCUUACCCCAACUAUGAGUCGCUCAUUCCCCUUUCCAUACGCAGUGGUAGCAACAGAGAAUUUCAGAUUCCAGUCCACACUUUCGGUUUUGGUACAGAUCAUGAUGCUUCAUUGAUGCAUUCGAUUUCGGAGAUCUCUGGAGGGACAUUUUCUUUUAUAGAAACUGAAACUAUGAUCCAAGAUGCACUUGCACAAUGCAUCGGAGGUCUUUUAAGCGUUGUGGUUCAAGAGCUACAAGUGUGUGUAGAGUGCAUGAAUCCGAAGCUCUGCCUUAGUUCACUUAAAGCUGGAAGCUAUCGAAGCCAUGUUUCAGCUGAUGGAAAAACCGGAUUGAUCGAUGUUGGGGAUCUCUAUGCCGACGAAGAGAGGGAUUUCUUGGUAUCGGUUAAAGUACCAGCCGAGUCCUCUCAAUGUGAAACAUCAUUACUAAAGGUGAAAUGUUUUUAUAGGGAUCCUUUAACGAAAGAAAUGACAUCUACGGAGAGUGGUGUCGUCCGGAUUCAAAGACCUAAAAUAGCCGGGCAAGAAGAAAUGUCAAUCGAAGUAGAUAGGCAACGCAAUAGGUUCCGAGCAGCAGAUGCAAUGGUGGAGGCAAGAACCGCAGCCGAGCAAGGAGAUCUUGCCGGUGCUGUUUCAAUCCUCGAAAAUUGCCAAAGGGUAUUGUCCGAGACUGUUUCCGCCAAAUCUCGGGACCGACUUUGGGUUGCAUUGGAUGCGGAGCUCAAGGAGAUGGAAGAAAGAAUGGUAAGUAGGCAUGUAUACGAGGUAUCUGGGAGAGCAUAUAUUCUUUCGGGACUGAGCUCGCACUCAUGGCAAAGAGCCACCGCGAGAGGCGACUCCACUGAUGGUUCAAGCUUGGUUCAGGCAUAUCAAACGCCAUCAAUGGUUGAGAUGCUAACUCAAUCUCAGGCAUUUUUAUUGAGUAGUCCAUCAAGACAAGGACUUCUUCAAUCACCAUGGUCACAACCAAAGCCAAGGUAAUAUUGGAAGUUUUUAGGGCAAAAUAACACGGAGCAGCAAAGAGAAGCAAAACUACACCUAUGUUACUACGAGUACCUGUGUCUUACAAUCAUCCGAAUAAGUAUGAGAAUAACUCUUCAAGUAAAUACAUGCAUCCAACGGUCAUACGGUUAUAUCUUUAGUUCCAGUAACAUAGGUUUCAGAUUAUUUUUGUAUAUUUAUGAUACAUGCAUGGAUGAGAUGAAAUUUAUUAAAUUAAAUUCACUAAA